AUGGAGGAAUCAUUCAUUUUGUCCAAGUUUGACAGCCUCGUCAAGUCUGGCAUAGUUCUAUAUGAUGAUCAGCAAACGAGCAUUGAGCACAUCGAUAGAGGGCUCAGGUUUCAAUUUCUUCUCACCUCUGCUCUCGCCAAAAAGCCAACGCUACAUUUGCCAUCACCCCAAGCGGAGGAGAAUAGUGAACUACAACACCAAAGGCGAGACGGAAGUGACAUUAGCACCGGAGGUUUUGAGAUUGGCAACAUCAGCAGCACUCACUUCGUGACAGUGAACAAGUUCUGCUUCGCUAGACCGCAUCUCAUGCUCCUAACUUCCGAUGCACACCGAAAGCAGUAUGAGCCUUUAAACGAAAAAGAUUUUGAAGCAGCUUGGACUGCUCUAGCCGUGACCACCAGUAGGGACUAUGUUGUCUUCUAUAACUGCGGCCAAGAUGGAGGAUGCAGCCGUUUGCACAAGCAUCUCCAGCUUAUGCCAAUGCCCGAACAUAGUCUCGCAGCCUUUCUCGAUUCUGAGGAUGGCAAGGAACCCAACGUCCCAUUUCAAUGGUUUUAUCACCGCCUCAAAUCUCAGCAUGUUACACCACCCAGUUUAACCACUGUAUAUGCUGAUCUCUUAAGGCAAGCCACCGGGGUAGGGGAGGGUCGCUUUGAGCACGCCGGUAAUACCCAACCUGGAACUGCGUGCCCGCACAAUAUGAUCCUUACGAAUCGAUGGAUGCUGGUGCUCCCAAGGCGACGAGGAUCCAUCAACAAAGAGGCAGGAGUGAAUGCAAUGGGUAUGCUCGGGCUCAUCGCCGUGGCGACAAAAAAUGAGAUCGAUAACUGGGUACGGCUGGGGCUAACAGAAGCCUUGAGAGAGCUUGGAGUGCCCAAGUGA